CAAAUUGUCAGCUACCACUUGCCAUUGUCAAACAAGAAUCAAAAACAUCCUAGUAUCCAAUAAAAAUUAGUAAAUAAAAUGUUAAAAUGGAGAUAUUCUUAAGAUUUGUGCCCACAAAUCCAAUAAGAUUAACAGCUUCUAGGAUAUUAUUAACCCAUGUAGCUCAUUACACACGACUUGCUGAAGUUGGAAAAUUAGAAGCACCCAAAACAACCGGAAAAUACGAAACUGGACAACUGAUUUUACACAAAGUAUUCGGAUAUAGAGGUGUUAUAUUAUUUCCUUGGCUCGCCAGAGUAUACGACAGGGAUGCUUCCAAUAAAAAGGAUAACCCGGAAACUUCUCGAAACGUUGAAACAUCGGGCGAUUCUUUAUCAAAUGUCGGCAAAGAAGUUAAAGGGAAGACCCAUACUUUUUACCAGGUCCUCAUAGACACAAGAGAUGCUCCAUACAUAAAUAUGCAAUCUCACAUCGACACGAGGCCAGAGUGGAGCAGGAAGCGGGCUCAAACGGAGGCUGUUACUUUCCUUGGUAACCAAGAAUCGAGUAGAAGCCUGUAUGCUAUCCCGGGGUUGGAUUACGUGGCUCACGAUGACAUUAUACCCUACGCAUCAGUGGAACGCGUACCCCUCCAGCAUGAGCUGUUCGAUAAGUUUCUCAUCCACAACCCAGAUAAGGAUCCUCCGUUCACAGCACAGGAGACUCUGCGGGCUUGGCAGAAGAAGAAUCACCCGUGGCUGGAGUUGAGCGACGUUCACCGCGAGACCACUGAGGGUGUCCGCGUCACUGUCAUACCCUUCUAUAUGGGCAGCCGGGAGUCACAGAACUCGGCCGUCUAUUGGUGGCGCUACUGCAUCCGUCUUGAGAAUCUUCUGCCAGCGGCUGUCCAGCUUCGCGAACGCCAUUGGCGCAUCUUUUCUCUGUCCGGUACAUUGGAGACGGUUCGUGGCCGGGGGGUUGUGGGUCAGGAGCCUCUGCUGGGGCCCCGCGCACCCGCCUUCCAGUACAGCAGCCACGUCAGUCUACAGGCCCCCAGUGGACACAUGUGGGGUACUUUCCGUAUGGAGCGCGAGGAUGGCUACACCUUCGAUUGUCGCAUCCCUCCAUUCUCUCUGGAGAGCAAACCGGAUGAGGGUGCUCCAGUCGCACCCUCGCCAGCCUGAUGAGAAACUUUGCACCCCUUCAAAAUUAAUACACCCAUUCAAAGCUACUGUUCUCCUCAAGUAACAUUUAGGUUCACCUUGUAAAUUUUAGUCUUAAAAUAUAGAUCUUUAAUAAAUUACAGUAUUCUGUUAA